UCAGGCACAGUAGCAGCUGCACAGCCUUUUUCCAGCCUGCACUUUGUCAGGACCAGCCAAACAGUCUGUGCUCGGAGAGCAAAAGUGGGCUACUCAUGUGCUUUUUGGAGUGGCAUCUGAUCCUGCCUUCAUCAUAACCAAAGCUCUUUUGUAACGUGCCAGAGGAAAUGUCAGACCCAACAGCGGAACUCACCAGCAAGCCCUUCGCAGUCCAGUUGUCCAAUGUUUACCUCAGCAUCUUGGCACUGUUCUGCUUUAAGCUCUUUGUUAAGAUUUCUCUCAACUUGCUCACAUACUUCUACAUAGUCCGUGGGAACCGUAAAGAAGCUGCCCGGAUAUCGGCAGAGUUCUACGAUUAUGGUCAACAACACAGAUCGUGGGCGGACCGCUCCCCCCUCCAUGAUGCUGCCUGCCAGGGCCGUCUCCUGGCCCUGAAGACCCUCAUUUUACAGGGUCACAAUGUGAAUGUUCUGACCAUAGACCAUGUGACGCCGCUUCACGAGGCCUGCAUCGGAGACCAUGUGGCCUGUGUCAGAGCUCUCACUGAUGCAGGAGCAAAUGUCAACGCUUCUACAAUUGAUGGGGUCACCCCUUUGUUCAACGCCUGUGCGGUGGGCAGUGUGGCAUGCACUGAGAUCCUUCUGGAAAACGGAGCAAGACCUCAGAGUCUUGUAUUCCACCCUUCACCGAUGCAUGAAGCGGCCAGCAAAGGUCAUUAUGGUUGUGUUGAGGCUCUGGUGACUUGGGGGGCAGAUGUGGACAUGGACAUCCCUCACCUGGGCACGGCGCUCUAUACCGCCUGCAUCUGCCAGGAGCUGCAGUGUGCCAGGAAACUCCUGAGGGAAGGUGCAAACGUACAGAAAGGCAGAUACCUGGAUUCACCUUUACACGCAGCAGCAGAGAAAGACUGCACACCUGUCGUGAGGCUGCUGCUGGACUUUGGUGCCGACAUUAACGCCAGGAACACAGAGUUUCAGAGGCCGGUAGACGUCGCUCCACCCAGCAGUCUAACAGAGGGCUUUCUACUGCUUUAUGAAGCUACCCCACGACGAUUGAUCCAGUUGUGUCGUCAGUGCAUCAGGAAUCGUGUCGGCCGUGACAGACUCCACCUGCUGUCACACCUUCCUCUGCCCAACAGACUCAAGAGCUACCUGCAGUAUCAAUGACAGACUUAAAUAAAGAUGCCUUUGAAUUAAAAAGCAUAGCAGCAUCACCAAAUCCUCCUAACUUUAAUGCUAGUCAUGACACAGUGAAAGUAAUUAAUUUGAAUUAGCCACAGAGCAGCAACUGUGAGGUUGACAGUCCCAAGCUGUGCGGAGCUGGCCCGAUUCCCAACUCGGACGUUUGCAGAUGUGAUGGCCGUGGCUCCAGCAGGGUCCCCUGAACUGACUAUAGUCAAAAAUGAAUAAAUAAAUACAUUAAACAUACAGAAAAAGGCAUAUUUUUUCUGCUCUGUAUCUGUUAAAAAAAAGACCCUAGCAGUUACAAAAAAGCUACGAGACCUAGAGAUGCACUUUAUACGCAAGAAAAGAAAAAAACUCUACAUUAGAUUUUUAUGUCAUAAAUGCACACUAAAGUAUCCCUACUGUUGUAGAUUUUGUAUUGAAAAGACUACUAGAUGAUUAAAAGUUGUUUUUAAACUU